AUGACACAACAAGGUGCCAAUUACUCUGCAACUUUUGAUCCGUCUUGGGUAACCCCACUCCAUACCAACCAGACCUUCGAUGCGUCUCGCUCCCUUGAUAUCUCGCUUACCCAGACUUAUUUCUUGCUACAAUCUGUUCAGCUUGCCCUUGGUGGUUUCCUAGAAAGCUCCCUCCACCAAGUGGAUCCUGUAGGAUGCCAGAAGAAUACACUCGGGGCCGCUCUCGUGGCCGUUUGCCAUCCUCGGAAUUUGAUCGGGCCCCAUCCUUGCAGCGUUCUUUGUCCCCUCGCUCAGAAUCGAGAUUCAACACCACACCCCGGAGGCGUUCUGUGGAGCGUGGUGCUGUUCGCCGCAAUGGUCACCGUUCCAGAAGCUGGUCGCGGUCACCGUCGCACAACAGAGCGCUAUCCCGUAGUCGAAGCCGAAGCCGAAGCUCAGCGCCCAGACGUUACAGAAAGAAAGACUUCAGCCGGACCCCGAGUCCCUCUGCCGAUGCUUCAAGAAGCUCAAAGGUCGAUAGUUAUUGAAAAGUUGACCAAAAAUGUUACCGAAUCACAUCUUCGGGAGAUAUUUGGUGGUUUUGGUGACAUACAAAGUCUUGAUCUUCCCAUGAAUAAAGCUUUCAUGACAAACAGGGGCACUGCAUACAUACUCUACCACGAUCCUGCGGAUGCAGAGGCAGCCAUCGCGCAUAUGCAUGAAGCUCAGCUAGAUGGUGCCACGUUGAAUUUCAACAUAGCAGAGCAAGCUUUGGCCGCCCAGGACAUGGCCGCGGACCCCCGUCGGAUAGUCGCGCUCCAAGGUCACCGCCACCGGCUAGGAAAUAUCGCCGUUCUCGGCAUAUGGAAAGACAUGACAUCUAUAGGCCUCGCUCUCUGUCGCGCUCCAGGUCGCCACGCCGCUCUCGAUCCCUUUCUUCAAAAUCCCGUUCAACUUCACCACCGCCAAGGCGGACACACUCGCGUAUGGACAGCUCCCAACGUCGCCGUCGCCGUAGCCCGAGCUACAGCAGCUAUGGCUAUAGCAGUCGCAGCGAUAGGGAACGGAGCGCGAGCCUAA